GUCAACACCAAGACCCCGCGCGCGCACAGCAGCAGCAGCUAAAAAAUGGUGGUGGGGGCGGUCGCGGAGGCUGAAAGAGAGACGUCAGACGAGAGAGAAAGGAGAAGCAGCAGCCCCCCGAAGAAGAAGAAGAAGAAGACGACGACGAUUGAUGUGUGCCCACAACUUGGCUUUUCUGAUUAAUACCAUCCGCAUCCAGUCCAUGGCCUAAUCCCGGGUUCGGUUUUACACCCGUUUCCAUCCUCCACGUCACUUCCCUUCCCUUCUCCCCCAUUCCCCUCCUUCCCCUCUCGUUUGUUCAGCUACUCUCUCUCAGUCCCUCUCUCGAGCAGGUAAAAAUUACCCCAUCUCAUUUCAUUUUUUCAAUUAUUUAAUCUAAUAUCCCGAUUGAAAUCUCAAUUUGUCUGCUUUUCCAAUCUGAUCCGAUUUGAUCUCCUCUUUUGUUUCUUCUCUGAAUCAGACACUGCUUCCGGAUAAGAAACAGGUGAAGCUCUUUUUUUCCUUACCUGGGUUUAUCUCUUCCUUUCUGUGUCGUUUGUGGGAUAUGGUCAAUACGUCAAGUUAGCGAAUUGGUUAUCUCUCUAAUUGAUAUAUAUCGCGGGUUAUGUUGGGGUUUUGGGGAAUGGAAAUGGGCGAUUUCAGAUCAGAAGUUUCGUGAGCUAGAACUGGGAUUCUGUUGACUUUUUAUCUUUAUGUAUCGAUGGUAGUUGAGGGAUUGGAGGAGGUAGGAAACUAGAGCUGGAAGAGGUAGGUAGGAAGAAAGUUUUGUUGUUUGUUUGUCGCUCGAGUUUUUUUCCCAUUUGUCAAGAACCGAAUUUGGCUUGAUUUCAUUGUUGUUGUUGUUGGUUUGGGAACUGGGUAUUAAAGGAAGUUUAAGUGGGUAAAUAAUGCUUCUGCAACUUGGAGUUGGUUGUGAAGAGGAAAUUUCUGUUCCCACUUUCCCUUUUGUUUGUAUUGAUUGAUUGAUUUGGUUUUUGAUCAAUUAGUUUCACAUCCGCACUCCCUUUUUCUGCGCUACUGCUGAGUGGCAGCCACUUAGCUCCAGUUGACUGCAACCAGCAUUCAAGUUCCCCAUUGAUCUUUCCUCACUGGAGGCUUCUGAGUAGAGUGCUGCCCUAUAUAGUCACCCAACAGCAUUAUUCAAACAAGAAAAAGCUCAAGUUCUUAACAUUUAUCAUAUCCAAAUCUCUUUCUCUUGCCCUCUCUAAGAUGGAGGGAAAUUCUAGCGGCGGAGGCAGCAGUGUUGGUGGAGGGGUAGCAGCAGCAGCGGCAGUGGUGACACCAGGAACUGCUGGUGUUGUAGGUGGAGGAGGGAAUGAUGUUGAGCUCAUGUGCAAGACUCUUCAAGUUGAACACAAGCUAUUCUAUUUUGAUCUCAAGGAGAACCCAAGAGGCCGGUACUUGAAGAUAUCUGAGAAGACAUCAUCCACCAGGUCUACUAUCAUUGUUCCUUCCUCUGGGAUUUCCUGGUUCUUGGACCUCUUCAAUUACUAUGUCAAUUCUGAUGAGCAUGACCUCUUCAGCAAGGAAUUACAGUUGGACACUAAGGUGUUUUAUUUUGACAUUGGGGAAAACAGAAGGGGACGUUUUCUCAAGGUCUCAGAAGCUUCUGUUAGUAGAAACCGCAGUACUAUCAUUGUUCCUGCUGGAACUUCUAGGGAUGAAGGCUGGGCUUCUUUUAGGAACAUCUUGGCAGAUAUUAAUGAAGCUUCAAGGCUUUACAUGCUGUCCAAUCAGCAAAAUUCUGAAUCCCCGGAGCGCCUAGUUGGACUUUCUGAUGAUGUAGGCGCUGGAUUUAUAUCUGGGCACAGCACCCAACAGCCUGCUCCUCCAACUUCUGAGUUAAAUGUAGACCGGGCAGUUGACCUGCCGACACAGGAUGAGAUUGGUAACCUUGGAGUGUCAAAGGUUAUCCGAGUUGAUCAGAAAAGAUUCUUCUUCGAUCUCGGGAGUAAUAACAGAGGCCAUUUCUUGAGGAUCUCUGAGGUUGCUGGUUCUGAUAGGUCCUCCAUAAUUCUUCCACUCUCUGGGCUGAAGCAGUUUCAUGAAAUAGUGGGUCAUUUUGUGGAGAUCACCAAAGAUCGAAUUGAAGGAAUGGGGAGCGCCAACGUCCGAACUGUAGAUCCACCUCAAAGAUGAAUGUGUUUCCAUGUGAUGGGUGUGUUUGUGAAAGGAGAAUAAAUGCUGAAGAUGGUU